UCCCACCAGCCUAUAUCUACGCGUGCCCUCCCCCUCCUCCGAUCCCUCUCUUCCACCACAACGCGCCGCCUCAACCAGGUCCGCGCACGCACGCCCGCAGGAUCGAUCGUCGAAAGCGCCGCGGUUCUUCGCUCCCGAGAUUAGGUUUUAAAACGGAUCAAAUAAUAAUCUUUGUCGGGCGGAUAUAACAAGGCCUACCACCACCCCAGGAGUGCCCUCGUGCAACAGGCAAAAAGUUCUUUCUUUUUGUUCUAUGUUGUUUGGUCUCUUUUGCAGUUGCAGGGGGAGAAACACUAACAUUCUAGUUGCAGAAACACAUUCAUCUCUUUCCUUCUGGCUUUAACCGAUUUGAGCGGUGUGCAGAUUUAGGUUAAAAAACUGAUCAAUAUAGGAGCAAGAUCUUGUCCUGACGAGGCCUUUAGUAGAUAAUAAUUCUUUUGGCCUUCUUUCUAUUCAGUUUGUUCUCUUAAUAUUAACACUUUUGAAUAAGUGUGCAGAUUAGGUUAAAAAGGAACUGCGAUUAGGGUUUUUGUACAAGAGCUUGAGCUUUAUAAUGUUCCAAUCACACAGUGAGUGUUACAGGGGUAAAUUCACAGGAAUUGUACCUGUUGGUGAUAUUAAAAGAUAUACAUAGGUCUUGUGAACCUGGUUUGGUUUAAUCCUAUAUAUCCCCUUCCAUAUUUUGUCUUCUGUAAUGCACUAUGACGACCUUAAUCAAGGUGUCACCUGAAGUGCUCUCAAAACCAUGGCGGAGCACUUGGCUUCAAUAUUUGGCACUGAGAAGGACAGGGUCAACUGCCCCUUUUACUUCAAGAUUGGAGCUUGCCGUCAUGGGGAUCGUUGCUCCCGUCUGCACAACAGGCCAACCACAUCACCAACUAUUGUGCUUGCUAACAUGUAUCAGCGACCUGAUAUGAUCACCCCUGGAGUUGAUGCCCAAGGCCAGGCUAUUGCUCCUGAGAAGAUGCAGGAGCACUUUGAGGACUUCUAUGAGGACAUCUACGAGGAGCUGAGCAAGUUUGGUGAGGUUGAGACCCUGAAUGUAUGUGACAACCUUGCUGACCACAUGAUUGGCAAUGUCUAUGUCCAGUUCAGGGAGGAAGAGCAGGCAGUGGCUGCUCACAAUGCCCUUCAGGGCCGCUUUUACUCUGGCCGCCCUAUUAUUGUGGAGUACUCCCCUGUGACAGACUUCCGUGAGGCCACCUGUAGGCAGUAUGAGGAGAACAGCUGCAACCGUGGUGGCUACUGUAAUUUCAUGCAUGUGAAGCAGAUUGGCAGAGAGCUUAGGAGGAAGCUGUAUGGGGGGCGUUCCAGGAGGAGCCACGGGAGAAGCCGCAGCCCAAGCCCACAGAACAGGAGAGACAACCGUGAUCGCGGUGGUGACUUCCGCCGUGAUGGUCGUGAUGGUGGUGGUUACCGUGGAGGUGGUGGUGAAGGUGGCUACCGUGUUGGUGGUGACGGCGGCUACCGUGGUGGCGAUGGCGGCUACCGUGGUGGCGAUGGCGGCUACCGUGGUGGGAGGAGGGGUGGAGGUGGAGGUGGCAGGUAUGACAGGCACGAUGGUGGAGACAGGCGCAGGUAUGGUGGCAGCCCACCGAGGCGUGGAAGGAGCCCAGUCAGGGAAAACAGUGAGGAGCGUAGGGCGAAGAUUGAGCAGUGGAACCGUGAGCGGGAGGAGAAGAAGUGAUCUCUAUCUAUGCCCAAGAGUUUCUGGGCAGGCAUUGCCUCCUAAGCAUUUGCUAAAUCAGUUUGUUUGCUGUUAUAGUAUGUUCUUUAGUCGUCGGUUCGUUUGCUGUUAUAGUCGAAAUUGAACUUCUGUGAGUCAUAGCCUUGUUGAGUAACCUGUUGAGCGCAGGAUUUAUUCAUGAGACAUGUGUAAUCCGUCAUUUGUUUCUCAAUAUUUGUCGUUGGAUCUGUUAUCAGAUUUAUUUAAUAGAGUUGUGUUUUACCGCU